CCCACUCCAUCGCACUUCUUCACAGCUUGCUCACGCGCCCGCCCGGCAAAAAUGGCUUCCUCUCCCCCGACGCAUUCGAAUGGAGAGAAUAUAUCGGAAAUAGAAAUAGCACGAGUCAAUCAUCCUCCGCCCACAACACAAGUAGCUAUGAACGGUGUUCAGAAUGGAGUACAUACGAAUCCUAACAAUGGCAGGCUCGCUGAAGAUAAGCAGCAAGCUUACCGUUCCUGGUUACUCCUCCUGACGUCACUGACUGCCACGGUCACCUUCACCGUGGGGCUUACCCCACCUGGUGGUUUCUGGGCUGCAGACGACAAGACAAACGGAUAUGUCGCUGGCAUCUCGGUUAUGCGCGACAAAUUUCCCACGAGGUACUUGGCCUUUUACUACAGCAACACGACCGCUUUCUUCACGUCCUUGAUGAUCAUUGCAAUGCUCGCCAAAAACCAAAAUAGCGAAAACACAAAUAGCGAGCAGCCUGAUGCCAUGAAAAAGCAUGUUUUAAACGGCCUUGUAGUUCUUUGCUUUUUGAGCUUGGGGACCAGUUAUGUCGCCGGCACGUGGGACAGCCCUAGUCGAGUGAUUUACGUUGUUGCUGUGUUUGUAGUCAACAUUUCGUACAUGUUGCUGCCUUGGUUUGUUAGUUUGAUCCGAAGAUGCAUUCGAUCCAGAAAGCCUUAAUGGUUGGUUUAUUGCUACAAAGAAACAUUGCGGUAAGGGAGAAGAUUUUACCGAAGAAACAACAAGAAAAUUCCUUACAUCAGCUCGUCUACCUACAACGUAUGUCUUCAUAGAAGAAAUAUUUGGUAUUGUUGGGGCCCAUCUUUGAUUUAUAAACGCGCGAGAACAUUGGUUUUUUUACCCAAGAGAUUAGUAAUUUGUAUUUUUACAGAAGAAUAUGCCAUGUAUUUGGGUCGAUGAGCCCUCUUGUUUUCUUCUGAAAAAUCCUAUGGAUGAUGUA